ACAUGCAAGUCAAGGCGUUGAUUCUGAUCUCCCUGGGAUUAUUGUCGCUGGUUGGAGCCCAGCAGGAGUAUCCGGCAACGGAAGUAAAGAAAUGCUCUGGAAACAAACCCUUUCCGCUGGAAGUGCGUGUUCAUAACUGUGUAACUCCGCCGUGCCAGAUUGUCAAGGGAUCUGUACAGAAAUUCGAGAUUGACUUUGCUGUGGAUAAGUACAUCACCAAGCUGACGACCCUGGUAAAGGCCACCACCCUUGGAAUUAUCACAGUGCCUUAUGAACUGCCAGAGGAUGUGGCUGCCGUUUGCCCGAAUCUGCAGUACGGAGCCUAUUGCCCACUCUAUGCCACUGAGGAUGUCUCCUAUCUGUUCACCUUUCCCAUCGGUGAAUAUCCCGAGAUCGGUGUGAAGAUCGAGAUCUAUCUGGUGGAUCAGGAUAAUGAGAUUGCCACGUGCUUCGUGUGCGACAUCAAGGUCGUUAAGGGCAAUGGCGGCAAUACGGUCUACGAACUGGACUAUCUAAACUAAAGUUUGUGACCGAAAUUCUUCAUCAAUUGGCUUAAAUUUUCUGUGAUAUACCAUACGUUUUUUAUUCCAAAACAAAAAUCCAUCGCUGAGCUCACCAACGAUGUCUCAUGAAUAUUUAAUAAAAUUUUAAAAGCA